AUGCCGACGGUUUCGGAGCCCGACCUCGACGAGCUGCGCGCCAGCGUCGCCGAGAUGGAGGGACGGGCGAGCGAAGAGGAGGAGGACGCGUCGAAGCAGGGGACGAAGCGGAAUAGGGCCCCUCACACAAAGGGGCCAUGCGAGCACGGAGUGAAGCCCCGGUCGCAGUGCAAGGUGUGCAGCGCUUGUCCGCACGGGAAGCAGCGCUCUAAGUGCAAGGAGUGCGGUGGGGGCUCAAUCUGCGAGCACGGUCGUCAGCGCCAUAGGUGCAAGGAGUGUGGAGGUUCUGGAAUCUGCGAGCACGGUCGUCAGCGCCAUAGGUGCAAGGAGUGCGGUGGGGCUGGAAUCUGCGAGCACGGUCGUCAGCGCUCUUAUUGCAAGGAGUGCGGUGGGUCUGGAAUCUGCGAGCACGGUCGUCGGCGCUCUGGGUGCAAGGAGUGCGGUGGGUCUCAAAUCUGCGAGCACGAUCGUGUACGCUCUACAUGCAAGGAGUGCGGUGGGUCUCAAAUCUGCGAGCACGGUCGUCAGCGCUCUAAGUGCAAGGAGUGCGUUGAAUCUCGAAUAUGCAAGCACGGUCGACAGCGCUCUACGUGCAAGGAGUGCGGUGGGUCUCAAAUUUGCGAGCAUGGUCGUCGGCGCUCUCAGUGCAAGGAGUGCGGUGGGGGGGGAAUCUGCGCGCACGGUCGUCGGCGCUCUCAGUGCAAGGAGUGCGGUGAAUCUCAAAUCUGCGAGCACGGUCGUCAGCGCUAUUGGUGCAAGGAGUGCGGCGGGCGGGGAAUCUGCGAGCACGGCCAGGAGCUCUUUAAGUGCAGCAACUGCGAAGGGGGUGGACUCUGUGAGCACGGUCGUCGGCUCUCCGUGUGCGAGGAGUGCGGCGGGGGCUCUACGUAG